AUGGGGCGCGGCGCGGCGGGCGGCGCGCGGCGCUCCCGGCGGGGCGGCGAGGCCGCGGGCGGGACGCGCCGGGCCCGGGGCAGGAAUACGGGGGGGACCCCGGCCGCGGCCAAGGCGGAGCCCCCCGGGCCCAGCGCCAUCGAUCUGGGGGCGCAGAGUGGGCGCUGGGCCGCCUUCCAGGAGCGGCACCGGCUGAGCUGCGAGGAGGCGGCGCGGCUGCUGCUGGACGCGUAUGAAUACAGGGGUUUGGUGAAGCACACAGGAGGCUGUCACUGUGGAGCCGUCCGCUUUGAGGUCUGGGCUUCAGCAGAUCUGCACGUGUUUAACUGCAAUUGCAGUAUUUGCACAAAGAAACAGAACAGACACUUCAUUGUGCCAGCAUCACGUUUCAAGCUGCUGAAGGGUGCUGACAAUUUGACAACAUACACCUUCAACACACACUGUGCUCAGCACACAUUCUGCAAGACCUGUGGUGUUCAGAGCUUUUAUACUCCUCGUUCUAACCCAGAUGGUUAUGGAAUAGCUCCUCACUGUCUGGAUGAUGGCACCGUGCAGACCAUUAUCACAGAGGAUAUCAAUGGCAAGGAAUGGGAGAAAGCAGUGAGGGAACAUAAGACCAUCAGAGACAUGUCAAAACCCUGAUACACCCUUCCAGCAGCCUUGGGAGCACUGCCAUGGAACUGCAGUCAGGUGUUUCCUGCGUGAUGGUUGGUGAAAUCAAUCUCUACUCUUACCUGUUGUCUGUUUCUUAAAUAAAUCUUUCUAUGCUGAUUGUCUCA